GUUUGCCGCAUCUUUGUUGACAGACUGUGCCCUUCAUCAAGCUUCGGUUGUAAUAUACAUUUAUUGUAUUUAUAUAUUUAUUAUAUUUAUUGAGGAAAGUACAGUAUAAGUGUUAAUAUAUUUUAUUUUCAAAGUAGUUUCAUUUUUAUUUGAUAUAUUCGUUAAUAUAAAAAUUUAAGAUGAAGGGCAAGGGUAAAUGUAAGGUGGAAAAAGUGGAAGAUGGACCAUCGACUAGUGCCGUAGCAAAUGCAGCUCAACCCAAAAAACGUGCGGAUAUGAACACAUUGCCCACACGCCAAUAUUUGGAUCAAACACUCGCACCUAUUUUAUUGAAAGGUUUGCAGACUGUGUCGCGUGAACGUCCGGCAGAUCCAAUUGGGUAUUUGGCUGAUUUUUUGAAUAAGCAUCGACGCACUGAGGAACCCGUGGCUGAGACUGUUUAGUUAUUUAAUUUAAAAAAAUGUUAAUAUACACAAUAGUUAAGUUUUUCAAUUAUAUUUUUUUUUAAAUAUAUAUCUGAAUAGUUUUUAUUAUUAGUGAAAACUUUUUUAGCAAAAACUAGCAAUACAUACGGGCACGAUUACGAUUUCCUUGUUAAUAGCUUUUUGCAAAUUUGAUCAACGUUUUCCAUUGCACUACAUAUCCAUAAAGCUUGGACAUAUCAAGCUUUGAAGUUAUGCCACCUUGCGGUGAUUUGGAUAUGGAGUUCUACUACUGAGUACUGAUUACGCAAACAACGAUAAACAAGUGGAUGCGCCCUAAAGGAAAUUGUUGCUCACAAUUAUUGCCAAAUUUCAAUACUCGGAAUUAGUAAUCUUGCCCGUGCAAAUGCAAAACAUCUUAUAUAAAAUUGAAUGAAGAGGUUAAAUAUUUAAUAAA